AUGGUUGCCGCAGACGGACAAUUUGAUCAUCAGCAUUUGGUACCGAAUCCUGGGCUCGACACGUCAUCGCCUAAAAUGAAGUCGGAACCUGGUGUCUCCGACGCUGGUGAUCAAGCUGUCCUUGCAUACCCCCCUCAUGGUCCGCUCGGCCAGGUGCCGAACAUGGCCCAUGAUAUGCGCUAUGCGCACCAGGCACACCCGGGGCCGGGGCUGCCCCUAUUGCAGAAUCCUUUUGUUCCUGGAGCCUAUGCCGGUGGUGCUCAAAUACCGAACGCCGGUGCCCCUCAAGGGAGGCCGGAUCCUCCUCCCAAAACUUUCCACUGCGGUACUUGCGGUAAAGGAUUCGCCCGCCGCAGUGACCUUGCAAGGCACGAACGUAUUCACUCCGGUAUCAGGCCUCAUGCUUGUGACUGGCCCGGCUGUGGCAAACAAUUCAUCCAACGUUCAGCUCUGACAGUACACUCCCGAGUCCACACUGGAGAGAAGCCUCAUAUGUGUGAGAGAUGUGGCAAGCCUUUCAGUGAUUCGUCCUCUUUGGCGCGACACCGCAGAAUCCACUCUGGGAAGCGUCCCUACAAGUGCCCCUACGCGAACUGCCAGAAGACAUUCACUCGCCGCACUACCUUGACACGCCACCAGAACCACCACACGGGCACAAUCGAGGAAGCUGCUGCGGAAACCGAGGCCAAUCUGAGGCAGAACAAGGAGAGAGCGAGAAUGCCUGGUGACAUGUUCUCCGACCACGGCUCUGUCCAUUCCACUCCCUCUCCGGCACACCACCCUAUUUCCCCAGCUGGCGACCUUCCCCCUUUGAAUAUGCCUCGCUCCGACUACUACAUGCCGAACGGAUCGAUUCCGCCCCAUGUUCGCGGCGGUUUCACGCAGGCCAGUCCCCGGGCUUCCCCGACCGCCACGUCCCCAUCGUUGUCCAGUUAUGGUAGCGCUCCGCACCCCCGUCCCUCGAUGACUUCCCAUCCGUCUGGAUACGGUCCUCCGCAGCCUCUUGAGCCGCCCGCCAACAACGACCACCGGCCCAAUAGCGUUAGCGGAAGCCCGCACAUGACCAGCCUCGGUUGGCCUUCCCCUUCGCAUGCCAGCAUCCCGUCGCCUGGCUCGGCAACCGACUUCUAUCCCGAAACUAGCGGGCCCGCGUAUCCGAGCGCCAUGCCCCCUCACAUGUACUUCCCCAACUCGACCAUUCGGCGGCCUACGAGCACUGAACCGGAUGGCUAUGAUCUGAAGCACAAGAUGGAGAGCGCCUGGUCGACUCCGGUCUAA